AUUAGUCGUCAUUUGCUUGAGCAUCUCAAAACAUUACUUGUUAUAGAGCUUAGAAGCGUACAUCUCAGAGCUCAAAAAAUCGAUUGCGAACCAUUUUGACUCUUAUUUUUGACCUGAUUGGCAAAAUGCUCUUAGACGAAGACCCGGCGACGCUGAUCCAUCAUACCAUUGGAAACUUUAACACCGACCCCGACAAGCAUGCGCUGGGGCGCAUUAACGAAUCGUUGUCAGCUCUGCAGCAAGCUCGCGACUUGCGACUCCGGGAAGCUGAGAAUGCCCUAAAAAAACUUUCGCGCAAUCUAUCAUCCCUACAGACUCAUCACAAUGAAACGGUUGCAUCACACGAUCCUGCCGACCAUGCUUCGCAGAUAUUUUCGCUAGAUACGCAAAAGUUCCGCAUCGCCAAAGCCGCAUCGGAUAUGGAGAUUGAAGGAGAAAGACUUGACCAGGAACUCGAGAUUCUGAAAAGCAGAUUGCAAGAUCUGGAGCUCCAGGGUCUGGAGGGCGGAGAAACCGAGAGAGGAAAGAGAGACUUGGAGGAUGAAACAAUUCUCAAACUAAAAGUGUAUCGGUCGCUAGGCAUCGAUAUUGAAUCGGAUCAUGCAGGAAAUUACAACAAGGCUGUUAUCCGGAACAUCCAAAAAGCCGAUGUCCACGUUAUGAACCUUGAUCCGAAGUUUUCGAAAUUCUUCUAUGCAAAUUAUCUUUGGCAGAGCAUGUAAUUCAUGCUUAUCCCAGGGAGUUUUCUUUUGGCUGGAGUUGUGCAGGUCUGGCGUGCUGGAGUAGGCGGGUUCAUAGGAGCGUAAGGACGACACGGUGUGUUUUGGACAAAGACUGUCUCCGUUUCCGUAAUACCGCCCGAUUCUUGUUCUUAAUUCAUUCCCCUUAUAUAUUCCUUUCC